AUGGUAUGUGACGGAAUGCAUUAUUGUAUAACUGAUUUCAGGAGCUUUGACAUAGUUUACGAUACUCCAGUCCUAUCAAUUGUGAAAGCUCCAGAUUCUCCAAUUUACAUUAGAAGAGAUAAAACGCUUCGAUACACUCUACAAGUGGAAGAUAUCAAUAAGAAUACUAGUCUUAUCUUUUAUCACUCUAUUAACAAUAGUAAGAGUUACAAUAUCCUUAACAAAACAGAUAUUCAAGUGAACCCAUUCCAAUUUGAAUAUGAUAUUCCAGUCCCAACCAAUAUUACAGAAGGUGUUUAUGAAAUAAGCAUUGUUGCACGAGACCAAAACAAACAAAUUUCAAAUCUUGUAAAAAAUAUCAUAAAAUUUUCAAAAUCCACAGAAAACAGAUUUGUUGAUGCCAUUAAGAAAUAUCACAUGAAUAGGAGGUAUAUUGUACCAUUCUUUCCGCGCAUUCUUUUUAAGACGUCCAAAUAA